UCCUAAUAUUCCGAAGUGAGGCGACCAUCUCUGUCAGCGCCAUUUAACUGUAAAUAUCGAAGUAAACUUGGAGGAGUCUCUCGAUGAUAUGGUGUGUGGUCCCUCGCACUAUGACUCAGAAAAGCAUGUAGUUUUUUAGGCUACAAAUUAAAUAAAUGAUAAUGAACUUCCGAGUUUGAUGAAAGUCCAUGGUGAUGAGCUUGAUGCUCCUUCUUCUUCAUAAUGAUCGUUGCGUGGCUGCCAUUUGACAAAUUAUAAGACCCCCGAUAAUUAAUCUCAUUAUGUAACAGGUUAUACCCGCAUUGUAUCUGCAAUCUGUUGGCUAGAGCGCACAUGCCAAGACCAGAGUGGGCACAUUCACUAUAUAAUGCCACAUUUUUUUUGUGCCAAAACCAUCAGUAGAGUUGACAAUGCAAUGGGAAUUUAACUGCAACGUAUCUUCAUGUACACUAUGUCAUAAAGCUUAUAUCCGCAACAAGUCAAUUUAAUGGAAACACUUGGGGAAAUGCACAUAUUGUUUUAUGCAGAUGUUUUAAACAUUCGCAAGAAUAUUGAAUCUUUGCCAAUUGGAGGGGAGACCUGGCUAAUAAGGUUGUUACCCAGAAAUGGUUUGGUUUUGAGAUAAAAACGGCUGUAUUGGACCUUUAAGAAAAUGAUCAGACAUGUACAUGAAAGCGCUGUAGAUUAACUAAAGGAAAUUGUGUGAUAGGCUAAUAGGCCAUGUUUGCUCUGUCUUGUGGAUAUAGUCUACACCGUGGUUGGUUCAUUUGAGCUAAACGCCAAGGCCUACAGCUUGUGUCAACCUGUCAAAGUGUAAUUUGCAACGGACGUCAUGUGAUCAUUAAACCCGUUUAGAAAAGGAAAGAUUACCGUGCAUCUAGGAGAGUGUUUGCGCACACUGGGCAGUGUGCUUGUUAAAGAGGUUCGGCAAUAGCGUCUGCUAUUGACGUCGAGACAAAAUAUUGUUUGUGGACAUCGGAGUCAAAUUGGUUGAGCUGAAAUGCGCUCAGCACAUUGGAGAGCUCUCGCGCGUAGUGAAUCACUCCGCCACUCAUUCUGAUGCGUACAGAUCAGCAGUGCCACUGUCUGACAAUUUAGUGGAAAUCACGCUAUGACGAAUUUCACUGUGCUGUUUCUGCUGAUGUGUUGUGUUCUAUGUGUGCACUUUCUGUCUGUCGGAGUAGAGGCAAGAUUACCAGACGUUCCGUCGUUGGAAACACGAGACUCACGCAAGCAUAAACAGUUGGGUGUCCCUGUCCAUGAUAGGGGACAGCUUCAGAGGGCAAUAUCUUCCUCAGUUUUGAGAAACAAGUUCAACCGCCUUCCGGGAGUAUGUCAACGUCUACGCAGAAGGAGAAUCACAAUUCUGUGCAAUUCCAACGUGGGCAAGUACUGUUCGGUCAAAGAUGGAGCUCAACAUGGCCAUAUUUGCCGCUGUCCAAGAGCAUCAAAGUGUAAAUACUUCUUUCUGAGGAGUCUGUAGAGUUCAAUUUAAAUUGUCUUUGUCUGUUGUGCUGUUUGUCUCCCGUCAAACUGUUUUGACAAUUAAAUAAAUGCACAUUUUAAAGAUAAAAAUACAAGGAACACUUUC